UCUCUCUCUCUCUCUCUCUCUCUCUCUCUCUCGCUUGUUGUCUCUGAGAAACUGGUCGCUCACACAGAGAGAAAUGGCGGGUGGUGGAAAGGUGUCAUUCAAGGUCACUCUGACCUCCGAUCCAAAGCUGCCCUUCAAAGUGUUUAGCGUUCCGGAGGCAGCUCCUUUCACCGCCGUGCUGAAAUUCGCCGCCGAGGAAUUCAAAGUGCCUCCCCAGACCAGCGCCAUCAUCACCAACGAUGGUGUUGGAAUCAAUCCUCAGCAAAGUGCAGGCAAUGUAUUCCUGAAGCAUGGUUCUCAACUUCGCCUAAUUCCUCGCGAUAGGGUUGGAUCUAUUGGGACAAUCAACACAUCAUUACCAUCCAAUUGAAGAGACUGGUGUACUUCUCUAGUAAUUUUCAUUAUCCUUUAUAAUAUGUACCAUUCUAAAUUAAGUUGGAAGAAUUUCAAACUUUAUGAAGCAAUGUCAGAGUAGUUGACAAUAUAAACUCUCCAGAAAAAUGACUGUAAUAGAUGAACUUAAAUAAUAUUAAAAUGAUAAUAUCAAGCUUUAAAUUCUUAGUUUUACCCUUAUCUGUUGAAGAUACAUCUGUCCUUGGUUUAUAAAUAAGAGCAUUCUUUAUCAU